AUGACCUCCUUUAGCUACCGCCAGUCCUCGGCCGCCUCAUCCUUUGGGGCUCUGGGCGGCGGUGGCCACUCGGGCUUGGGGUUUGGAGGUGUCUUCCGCGCGCCCAGCAUCCACGGGGGCUCCGGCGGCCGCGGGGUCUCGGUGUCCUCCGCUCGCAUCCUCCGGUCGGCCUCGUCCAGUGGCUACUAUGGGGGCGCCCUGGCCAGCCCCGACGGGCUGCUGGCUGGCAACGAGAAGAUCACCAUGCAGAACCUCAACGACCGCCUGGCCUCCUACCUGGACAAGGUGCGCGCUCUCGAGGAGGCCAACGGCGACCUGGAGGUGAAGAUCCACGAAUGGUACCAGAAGCAGGGUCCCGGGCAGGCCCGCGACUACAGCCACUACUUGGAGACCAUCCAGGACCUGAGAAGCCAGAUUCUUGAUGCCACCAUCAAGAAGUCCAGGAUCGUCCUGCAGAUCGACAAUGCCCGUCUGGCUGCAGAAGACUUCCGAACCAAGUUUGAGAUGGAGCUGGCCAUGCGCAUGAGCGUGGAGGCCGACAUCAACGGCCUGCGCCGGGUGCUGGACGAGCUGACCCUGGCCAGGGCCGACCUGGAGCUGCAGAUCGAGAACCUCAAGGAAGAGCUGGCCUACAUGAAGAAGAGCCACGAGGAGGAGAUGAGCGCCCUGAGGGGCCAGGUGGGGGGCCACGUCAGCGUGGAGAUGGAUGCUGCUCCGGGCAUCGACUUGGGGAAGAUCCUGAGCGAUAUGAGAAGCCAGUAUGAGGCCUUGGCGGAGAAGAACCGGAAGGAUGCAGAAACCCAGUUCAUGGCACAGACUGAGGAGCUGACUCGGGUAGUCGCAGACAACACAGAGGCGCUGAAAAACAGCCAGAAGGAGGCCAGUGACCUGCGGCAUACCCUGCAGAGCCUGGAGAUCGAGCAGCAGUCCCAGCUCAGCAUGAAAGCCGCCCAGCAAGCCACACUGGAAGAAACAGAGGCCCGCUACAAAACCCGGCUAGCGGAGAUGCAGAUGACAGUCAACUCCAUGGAGGCCCAGCUGAGCAGCCUGCGGGCGGACAUGGGGCGCCAGAACCAGGAGUACCAGGUGCUCAUGGACAUCAAGUCCCGGCUGGAGCAGGAGAUCGCCACCUACCGCAGCCUGCUGGAGGGCCAGGACGCCCUGUACAACAACCUGCCCACCUCCAAGGCCCUCUGAGUCCCCUCCCCCGGAGGGUAUCCCCUGGGAGGGGCACAGCAGGGACGCCCCCUCCCCUUCUACCUUGGCUCUCCCCCUGAAUUGCCAGUAAAGC